GCUCAAACACAGAAUAAUAAUCUGUGGAUACAACUGUGGAUUUUAAAUUUUUUGUGAAUUUUGGAGAUAACUGAUAACAUUUUUAUUUUUUUUAUCACUUUCUAUCCCUAUUGUUCUGUGCUACCAAGGACCUAAGGCGAUUACCAUUACUAUAACUAUAUCUACGCUAAAACAGUGGUCAGUGAAUAGUGCUUAUUAUUUUGAUUGUAAGGUGUGAACUGCAUUGUGUCAAUUAUCAUAUUAUUAUUUUAACAAAACAUUACAGCUUAAUCUCGUUUAAAUUAAUACGAUUAUUCUUCAAAACGUUUGAAUCGAUUUGUUAAUUAACUUAAUCAAUAACCACCAACUUCAAGUUACUUCAAGUCCUUUCAUUGGACUUAUAUUUCUAUUUGAAAGUGUGACCACACCCAUCGAAAAUAGGCCUAUCCGAUACUGCAGUCAUGGACAUGAUGAUUUCCAAUCUGCAACAGCAGCGGCAGAUAACAGAACAGCUUCGUCGAGAAGCAGCUGUGAAACGUAUACCCGUUUCACAAGCUAUACAGGAUAUUAUAAAGUAUAUCAGGGAAAGAGAAUUGGAAGAUUGUCUUAUGGUUGGUUUUUCGUCGCAGAAAGCUAAUCCAUUCAGAGAGAAAAGUAGUUGUGCAGUUAUUUAAACUAUGUAUUAUUUAAAAGUUAAAACUUAUCAGUUUAUAUUGAAAGUUUAAAGGAAACAAAAAUAUACAAUUUUUACUAUACCCACUGUAUUAACGAGUUAUGAGUUUGAUCAAUUAUAAUUAUUUUAACUUCUCUAUUACAAUUUUUUUUUUGCUUAGUUAAGUACCAGUGAAAAUGUCUAUCUCAUAUAAUAUGUAUAAUCUGAUUCAUUUUUUUAAGUAAUAAAAUGUUUGUAUGACAAAUAAUA